AGCCUGCUCUGUAAGCGCUGACCCUCCCGCAUCGCUGCAAAAUGCCCGGCACCAUCGACGCGCUCUGCCCAGCGACCGCGCCCUUCUUUGGCUUCAUGGGCGCCGCCGUGGCGCUCAUCUUUGCGAACCUGGGCGCCGCGUACGGCACUGCAAAGUCUGGCGUUGGGGUGUCGUCGAUGGGCGUGAUGAAGCCGGACCUGAUCAUGAAGUCCAUCAUCCCCGUGGUCAUGGCGGGCGUGCUCGGCAUCUACGGCCUCAUCAUCGCAGUCAUCAUUGCCAACGGAGUCAUGCCGCCGACGAGCGAGGGUACGACAAAGUACUCCUCCUUCACCGGCUUCGCGCACCUCGCGGCGGGCCUUGCGUGCGGGCUAAGCGGCCUCGCCGCGGGCAUCGCGAUUGGCAUCGUCGGCGACGCGGGCGUACGCGCCAACGCGCAGCAGGCCAAGCUCUACGUCGGCAUGGUGCUGAUUCUCAUCUUCGCAGAGGCGCUCGGUCUCUAUGGCCUCAUCGUCGGCCUCAUCCUGACCUCCAAGUCCCACGUGUGCGGCGACUGAGCUCCGCGUCGACGCUCCGCCCCCUCCCCGAGAGGGGGGGGAGAGGCGCGGCAUCACACGAAGCCUGGGAGGCACGCUCCCGAGAGUGGCCUUACGUCUGUAGCGGGCUCGAGUGGGGUAGAUUGGGUCGCGCCCCAUGCGCGCUCGCGGUUUGCGGGUUGGGUGUUGCGCCGCACGAUCGUGUCUGCUGUCUCGUCUUGUCACGAUUUCCUUUUCACCCAUUUGUGGUAUAUUCC